UUUCUGUGCUUACGUCAGGAACAGGAAGCGUGCCAUUGUGCGUAUGAGAGAGCGAACAUUUUCAGUGUUGGAGGGGCGAGAGCUAUAGCCUACCAGAGGCAGUAGUAACACCCAAACCUAUUUCUUCACUUUCCUGAGCGUUCACUGUUCCUUCUACACUGUUUCCUCUGUGCAAUGGAUGGAGCUCUGUCCCACUGUACCGCAAUGGAAAGACAAUGACAGCAAUGAGAAGUGACUGAUGGGGCUUGAGAAGGGAUCUGAGAAGCCUCUUCUUUCUGCUGUUCUUAGCGGCCGUACUACCAUGAGCAACCCGACUCCAUCCACAGCUAAUGGCAAUGAUAGCAGACAUUUUAAAGGAGACCGUUCUCCCUGUGGCCCUUCCCGAGUCCUCCACGUCCGCAAGGUCCCCAUCGAGGUGUCCGAGGCUGAACUCGUCUCUCUAGGAGUGCCGUUUGGUAGAGUCAGCAACCUGUUGAUGCUCAAAGGAAAGAACCAGGCUUUUAUAGAAAUGGCUUCUGAAGAGGCGGCCAUCACCAUGGUCAACUACUACACCACAGCAACACCUCACGUCCGUAACCAGCCAGUCUACAUCCAGUACUCCAACCACCGCGAGCUUAAGACAGACAACCUGCCCAAUCAGGGGAGAGCUCAGGCAGCGUUGCAGGCGGUAAAUGCAGUGCAUUCUGGGAACAUGACGUUGGGUGGCACAGCGUCUGGCGGUGAUGGAACCCUGAUGCCAGGACAAAGCCCGGUGCUACGCAUCAUCGUGGAGAACCUCUUCUACCCUGUUUCACUAGAGGUUCUACACCAGAUCUUCUCUAAGUUUGGGACGGUCUUGAAGAUCAUCACUUUCACCAAGAACAACCAGUUCCAGGCCCUGCUGCAAUAUUCUGACCCCAUGAAUGCCCACCACGCCAAAGUGACUUUAGAUGGUCAGAACAUCUACAAUGCGUGCUGUACACUACGCGUGGAGUUCUCCAAGCUCACCAGUCUUAAUGUGAAAUACAACAAUGACAAGAGCCGAGACUUCACCCGCCUGGACCUCCCCUCAGGAGAUGGACAACCCAGCAUGGACCCUGCCAUGACUGCCGCCUUUGGAGCUCCUGGUAUCAUCUCUUCGCCUUAUGCUGGGGCUGCUGGCUUCGGCCCCGCUAUCGGAUUCCCCCAGGCAGGUAGGUGCCACCACCUCAUCCCUCACGUCUGCUGUCCACACCAUCUCACAGUAGGCCCGACCUUUGACCUGCUUUCGUGCGUGCCCCCAGGUCUGUCCAUGCACACGAUGCCCGGCGCUCUGGGACCCCUGUCCAUGGCCCCCUCCGGGCGGAUGACCCUGCACGGCAUGGGCCCUGGCGCUGUGCACUCUGUCCUCCUCGUCUCCAACCUCAACCCUGACAGCAUUUCUCCACAUGGACUGUUCAUUCUAUUCGGGGUGUAUGGUGACGUGCAUCGGGUCAAGAUUCUGUUCAACAAGAAAGAGAAUGCCUUAAUCCAGAUGGCUGACGCAACCCAGGCACAGCUUGCCAUGUCCCAUCUGAACGGCCAGCGGCUACAUGGGAAGGUCAUCAGAGUGACCAUCUCUAAGCACCAGACGGUCCAGCUGCCCAGAGAAGGACAGGAAGACCAAGGCCUGACGAAAGACUUCAGCGGCUCCCCGCUACACCGCUUUAAGAAACCUGGGUCUAAGAACUUCCAGAACAUCUUUCCUCCCUCUGCUACACUUCAUCUCUCCAACAUCCCCCCCUCUAUAACAGACGACAUCCUAAAGGACCUGUUUGCUGGGACUGGAUACACGGUCAAGGCCUUCAAGUUCUUCCAGAAGGACCGUAAAAUGGCUCUGAUCCAGUUGGGUUCUGUGGAGGAGGCCAUCCAGGCACUGAUUGACCUUCACAACCACGACCUGGGGGAGAACCACCACCUUCGCGUGUCCUUCUCCAAAAGCACCAUCUGAGCCCCCGCCUCCCCCCCUCCAUCUGAGCCCCCUACCCCACCCCCGGGGCCAGACUCCUGGGCUGGGCCAAGCCCCUUGACCCCCUGGUGGGAGUGAGGGACAAAAAUACAUAGUUUGACUUAAAACAACAGACAGUUGACUAGUUUAGAUGAUAUUGUUGCUAUUGACUACUAUAAGACCUGGCCUUCAGCCAGGUGGUCAGUUGAUAAGGGUGGGCGGGGGGGUGGACUGCGGAUGGGGUGGACGUUGUCAACCAAUGCAUCCUUUAUGUGGCAUUAGAGGACCCUGACCCCAACCAGGGAGAGACAGGUACUCCACAGACCUGUGAGGUUUCUGCCCAGCGGUCCCCCUCUGCCCCCUCGGCCAGACACUCAGCUACUGAUCCAGCGGAGACACCAACCCAUCCCCCCACCCGAGAGCCCCCCACCCGAGAGCCCCCCCACCAGGUCUGUGUGUCAGAAAGACCCUUCACACCUUGAUGUGAUUGACUCAGUGAAUGAAGCCGCUUCUGCAGGAACUGUUACAGCUGAUGCUCUGCAGGGAGGUGCACUAGACCCCCCCAAAGGCUGGUGAACUGCAAAUCUAGAUGGUAUCUUCAAUCUAAUCUGGCUCCUUAAUCCCGAGGAGUUACUGGGGGACUUAUUAAUUGAUGACUCAUUAGUGGAUGAGUCUUAGACAAGACUCCGUUUACGGGUGUCAUAAUGGACACAGAGAAAGGACGGUUGGCAAAUGAAGCAAAUAGCAUCUCCCCUCCUGUCAAAUGGGCUGCCUCCAUUUUAAGUAGCAUUAGAACGUUGAGUGAUAAGAGGGGCCAAUGAUCAGGCCCCCUUUUUUGUGACAUUACAGUGACAUCAUCACAGCGCGACGAUGAGUUUCAGAGCAGCCAGGCUAAACGUGACCACAACACUCAGAAGACAUCGUCAUGACCACACCCCUCAGAUGACAUCAUCAUGAUCACACAAGUUUUGUAGUAUAAUGAAUAACAUUGAAAUGUAGAGAGAAGGAAAAGUUGAAUGCAACAUGGGGAAUGGUUUGCACCUUUAUUUCUCUGUUUACCGUGCAGUGUGCUUGGGCCAGGUCUGUCCAGAGAACUCGGUAGAGUAACGACCUUUGAAUAAUAGGCAAAGUGAUGGUGACUUCAUGUGCUUUUAUUUGGCCCUGUAGCUGUGCUGUGAGUUCCCCGUGGCACUAUUUUCUCUGGUAAAGUACACUAAACUACUUUUCCCUAGAUUCCAGAGGAUUCAGAGACCCAAGGUAUCCGGUCAAAAGUAGUGCACCACAGCAAACGUAGUGUGCUUGCUAUGCUGGACCCUGACUAGGCCGAGUGAAUGUGAAUUCUGUCUACGUCCUAAAUGGCACCCUUUUCCAUUCAGUAGAUCACUUUCAACCAGAGCCCUAACCCAGACCCAUACCAGUGUCAUGACUUUGUGUUAGUGGCCUGGUCUGAAGUUGUGCACUAUAUAGGGAAUAGGAAGCCAGUUGGGACUCUGUCUGUCUGUCUUCUAUGAUGAUGGUCCGUGGAUCAUGGGAAUGGCAGUGGGUCUGUUCAUUAGCCCAGAUCUGACUUUAACUGUAUUGGAAUACUUUCUGUUUUCCUCAACAUAGGAGUUAGUGCUCUGGUCUUUAGGUCUGCGUGGACUGGUUAUAACUCCUUCUGCCUGACCUUUGACCCUGUUCCUCACCUCUGACCCUGUUCCUGAGCUUUGACCUGUCCCUAACCUCUGACCUUGUCCCUAAGUCUGACCCUGUUCCUGACCUCUGACCUGUCUCUGACAUCUUACCCAAUUCCUGACCUCUGACCUGUCUCUGACAUCUGACCCAAUUCCUGACCUCUGACCUGUCUCUGACAUCUGACCCUGUCCCCGUUCCUUCGGAACUCCCACUGUCUCGCUCCAUCUGGUCUAGGUGUAGACCUCCAUCCCACACAGUAGAGUUAAAUGGCUCCACUCUCUCUAGCUUUGCAGUUUUACUGAUCAUUUGGGUAUCCACCUGGGAUCAAACCAAAAAGGAGAUCUUGUGUGUAAACUGAUGCACACUGGGCAUGAGAGGACACUGAGUGGAGCUUUUGUGGACAUUCUGUGUUCUCAGAGACCAAAAGACGGUCUGUUUGGAUUCUGUCCUAGAACCAGAAUGAAAACCAGAAUCAGUUACAUCUAAUUCUAAGGAUUCCAGGUCCACGCAAGGUGCUGUCUUGUCUUGUCUGUCUGGUGCUGCCAUGGUCUAGCCUUAACAUUCCAAGGAGGGUCAUGUGACCCGCUGAGUAGCAUUAUGGGUAAUUAUUAGGACUGUCAAUCAACCUCAGUCGAUGUCAUGUCUUGCAUUUGGCAGGGGAAAAAUACAACAAAAACUUUUUUUUUCUUUUUUUUUUGCAUACGCUAGGCUAGAGAUGGUGUCACAUUCACUAGAGUGUUAACAUAUACCUAAAGCAAAACAACAGCAAACCCUUAAAAAAAAUUGAAAAAAAAUGUAAUUGACUUAAUUGUUUUGAAGUUUACAGUCUUAACAAAAAGCAAAAAUAUUCAGGUCUAUAUCUUAAUGGAUUGUCAAGAUUUUUUGAAGAAAAAUUUACUUAUUUUUGGUAAUUUGUUCUUUUUUAUGAAAGAGAAGAACUUAAUCUGAAACCUCAGCGGGUUUUUGUACCAAUUUAAUCAUCACCAAGUCAUCAUGGAGAGGACUAAGAAUCAUAUCUACUGUGUAUUUACUUCAUUUCUUAUUGCGUGCCUUAUAAUGUACUGUGUUCAUAAUCGCUAGGUUUCAGACAGUAGCUUUAUGUACUAUCUACUGUAUCUCGUGGGGUUGGAGAGGGUUGAUUUAAUUCCCUUUUUUUUCAUGUAGAGAAAUCUAGAUGUGUUUUUUUAUGUGGGGUUUGACUAUACAAUCCUGUCUUUUGAAAUGUAAGUUCAUGUUCGGUGCUUAGAGGGCACCUUGUAGAGAAAUGAAAAGGAAGCUCUGGAAUAAUGACGUGUAGUGUGGGCCUCCCCCAUCCCCCCCAUAUCCCCCCAUAUCCCCCCCAUAUCCCCCCUCACGCGUGUUCAUGCAUGUGGGAUGAAUUCCAUCGCACAAACACAUUCAACUGACGAAGGACUCAAAGGUUGGAAUGAUUAAGUACGUUGGCAUGACAUAUAGGUUCUGGCUUUUUUUUACUUUCUUAUCAAGCAUUUCUACAGCAACGUGAUGAGAAUGCAUGUAUUUUAAUGCAGAAUUGAGAUCAGAUUAAAUGGUUUACAAUCUCCUUAGCAAUUCCAACAUCAGCGAAAAUAAAACGUUGAAAGUGAAAACUGUUUCUACAGUUAAUUUUAGUGUGUGGUCUGGAAUUAAACAGAGGGCCAAUCUGGAGAAAUGCCACUUGUCUGAAUUAAAAUCACCAUGGCAAUUACUAUGAAAGAUGCCUGUCCCCCAAAUUACUUUUUCCAGUAUACAAAGGUUGACAUUUACUGAUAUUCCCCCCCAAGAGUCUGUUCUUAUUUGUCCAAACGUCUGCGUCUGUACAGGAAUAGCUCUUUAAUCAGCUCUGAAAUUUGGUUUAGAGACAAAUCAGUUGAAAAGAAAUCUGUUAAGCCAUCAAUGGCAAAUAAAAUGGUCUCCCUGUACAUGCGUAGCCAGACCUGAGGUCAAAGGUAUAGGAAAUAGGGUUGCCAUUUCAGACGCAAAAAUAAAACAUAAUGAAUCCUUCUGUCACCUAAAGCAUGCGGCUGUUGACUAAUCUGAGAUGUCCAAAAUAUCUGGACGGGUGUCAGUUGUGCUAAACUGCAACUUGUUUGGCAGAGUACACACCUUAGCAUGGAUGGGUACCUCCUGUUUUACUGGGAAUGUAGAUGCCUUAGGGGCAGAUGUGUUUAUUCUCUGAUGCCGAGGCCCACAACACAGGUCAUGUCAGGGUUUUCCUCCAUUUCUUUGAGUGAAUUUUUGAAUUAUCUAUUUGACUGGUUUCUCAUGUGAUUCAUUUCCGUGUAUUUUGGGUUGUUUGGGUUUGUAGCUGUUGUGAUAUUAUAAUUUCCGUGUGUUUUUUUUCUCUCUUUAUAAGGUAAUGAAACUGGUUAGGCUUGUCUGUCACUCUUCUUUUCACGACCACAAAUGUUUUAGUUCCCAGAAGGCCUGGAGGGAGAGUCUCAAAUUGCAACCUGUCCCCCAUAUAGUGCCCUACUUUUCACUGCAGCAACAAGAGUCUCUUGGCACUGACUUGUGUAGAAUGUGUUUUAGUGAUGCACUAUGUUAUAAGAGGGAGACAUUUGGAGUGGACUCUCCUGUAGUGCCUGGGGGACUGGUGGAUGUGGUGAGGUUCUUGUCUUAGCUCUGGUCCGGGCCAUUUCCAUCUGAUGCAUUACGUCGACACCCUGGACCAGAGCUAGUCUAAGUUGAGCUGCCUUGGUUAUGGUCUUCAUCAUACUCCUCCUCCCCUGCAUCAAUCCUCUGUUGUUUAAAAUGUUUUAAUUUCUGAACAGGAAAGAAGCCAGAGACUUUUAACAGUCUGAUUCGUCAUCAAAUCUGAUCAUUCUACAAUGUCAAACCAACUCUCUUCUGAUGUAUUCCCACACUCUGUCUCUCUCUCUCUGACUUGUUCUAAGGAUGUGUUUGAAAUGGGUCUGUCUUCCCUUGGUAGUGACUGUGGUCAGAAGUGGGAAGCAGCCCAGUCAUGUGUUAACUCAGGUGGGGUUGUUUGGCCAUGAUGACAGACUAACAUGAUCAAACGGACUGAGACACAAAAUCCUCAUGUUGUUUUUUUCUACUGAAGAGCCACCAAUUAUACAAACAGGACCAAAGUUUAUGUGCCUUUCAUUGAUCGUCUCUACACCUAGUCAUCACCUUGUUGCUCCUGGCUGUGAAGUUCAAACACAUCACUUGAAACACAUUGAGAUGAUAUUAUUGUUUCAAGUCCAUUAAUCCUGAAAGUUUUUGACCAAAAUUAAUCGCUGUAUAAACAGAGCUCAUUCCUAACCUGGUUAACCCUGACUGAAAUGUUGAAACAAAAUGAAACCUGGUUAGAUGCCUGGCUCUCCAUUUGUUCCCACAGACCCACGUGACAAAACAUCAAACCCAAAAUGUACUAUUAGCUUUAUGUUGAGUUGUACAGGAACACAACACAUGAACUGAAACCAAAGGAACUGACUCCUCUAUCAGAACAACUGGUCAUGACCCCUGGAGUGACCUUUACUGAUCCUGGGCCUGAGAACCAGUUGGGGCUACCCCCGAAUUCGCUUUAACUUGGCGCUUACUUUCAACCUCAAGGAUUUCAAAUUAUGCAUGUCUAGGUGUUUUCAAAUUAAAAAACCUUUGAGCAUGCUUUACAUAACUUUUCAUUUUCACCGCUAAAUUAUCUAAACAGGAGACAAUGAAGAAGUGAUAUUAUAUUCCAUCGCCAUGUAAAGGGAGAUGAUGUGUUUUGAGAUGCAAAUAGUUGCAGAGCACUGAGACAGAGGUGCUGGCUGAAAUGGCACCCAAUUCCCUGUGUAGUAGGUUCUCUGAGAAUAGGUCAUUAUUUGGGGCCUUAUUCGUAAAGCCAAUUUAGGAUUUCUAAUCUAGAUCAGUUUAGCCAUUUAGAUCAUAAUGAAUACUAUUCCAUGAUCAGGCUCUAGAUCAGCACCACUAGGCUUUAUUCAUAUGGCCUCAGAUCUGAUAUAAUUUGUUGUUGUUUUUUUGUCUCAACAUGCCACAUCUUGAUAAUAUACCUUAUUUAUAGCUUACAGUCAAAUGUUUCACUACCAAAAUUAAACUACAAAUGCUGUAAUCAAACAUGUUUUCUUACCUGGCCAAAAAGGUGUCUGGGAACAAGAUGACAACAACAACAGAAGUUAACUUUUUUUUUUUUUUAAUAUAUAUAUUUAAAGUUGAUGAACACAACCUGAAAAAAACCUUGUCUUGUGUAUUUUGAUAUCAUACCAGAACCAGCUUUGUGUGAUUUAGUGGGGAAGGAAGUUGGGGAAGAGGUGUCCUUAUGAGUUGAUGUAAUUAAAAUGCAAAUAGAAGAUACAACUAUUAAAGAAACAUAUUUUCUAUA